AUGGAUAAUGAUCAAAAUUCUAAAUUGGUUAACCAGUUUCCAAAGAAAUCAGCACCCAGAUAUAACAGAAGAUCAAAUUACGAUGUUAGGAGAAGAAAAGACACGGAUUCAGAAUCUAGCGAUUCAAGUAGUUCCAGUCUAGAGAUGAAAAAUUGGAAGGACGAGUGGCGAGAGCAUUGGUUGAAGAAAAAAUUAGAAGCAAUCAACUCUUCAUUGCCUAAAGGAGAUAUGGUCAACAUGGUUGCAGCGAGACCCUGGGGCGUUCCUUGUGGGGAUCCAAAUCAACACGAUGCGCCUUGGGGAUCAUGCAUGCUCCCUAUGGAAUGUGAGCCAGAAUACCGAAUUUACCGCGGCGACUACUUUUGUGGUCGUACAAAGUUUAUCUGCUGUGCUUUACAAGUAACCAAUUACGAUUUGUACGCGGGUUUCGAUGUUUCGUUCGCCGAUUCCGAUUUGGAUACAGAAUCUGAAGAAAAGAAAAAUAGGGAAAGAAGUUCUAAAGAGCGUAAGAGAAGAAGGAAACGCAGAGAUAGGAAAAGAAGAUUGAGAGAGAGGAAUAAACGAAAACGUAAAAUAAAGAAAACGAUCCGAAGAAUUGUAAGAGAAAUCAGAAAGAUACUAAAUAGGUCGUUUAGGAAUGGAACAACAGCAAGAAAGAGGAAGACGAAACAAUUAAAAAAGUUUAUAGAGGACAUGAAGAAGCAGUACAUAAAAGAAAGGAAGGCAGUACAGGAUAUUCACGAAACGGAAUUGAUCAAAAUCGAUGCAGCGCUGCAAAAGCGCUUGAACGAAAUAAAAUCAAUGAAUCAGCAAUACAUAAAGAAUGCAACAUUCAGAGAUAUAGUUGUAAAUGGUACGAUUAGUAAACAAAAUGCGAGAAUGCUUGUUGCAGCAUAUCCAGAACUGGCUGAUAUGCUUGACAAGAGACGAAGUGGUUCAAGAAAAGAGAAAGAUUAUUUAGAUUAUGAUAUUGAAUAUGGGUAUCUAUAUUAUUAG